CUUCGUACUUUGUACUCUGUACACGCUAUGACACGCACACACAUCGAUGCGGCAUCAGUGGCCGCUCCCGACAAAAGCUCCCGCCACAGGCUGCCGCCGCGGUCCUGUGCCGCCGUCCUGCCGCCGUCGCCGCCGAUUAGCCUGAGCAAGAGACUCUGGAGCCCAGCCCGUCAAACUCAUACGGUAUUUAUAUUGGAAACUCGUUACUUCAUCCCCUUCUUCUUUGACUCAUUCAGUGUUACAUAACGCUGUCCACUGUGACUUGGAGAUCUCAUUCGAUACAAAUCAUGCCCGUCAAGGAGCACACCUACCAGUUUGGAGGCCCUUCGGGUGCCUUUCGCAUCAUGGUCGGGCUUCCGAUGCUUCUUUACACCUUCUACUUUGUCUGCAACGACAAGACUGGCUGCCCGGCCCCGUCAACCCUCAGCCCGCGCACCCUGACCCUGGCAAAGUUCAAGGUCGACAUUCCAUGGCCUGACAACGGUAUCUGGGGCUUUUGCAACUGGCACGUCUUCGGCUACACGCUAGCCUACUACCUCCUCAGCUUGGUCCUCCACCGCAUUCUUCCUGCCAAGGAGGUGUAUGGCAGGAAGCUUGCUCAGUCCGGCCGCCCCCUCAAGUACCGCUUCAACACCUUCAACACCACAAUCGUCCAGCUCGUCGGCCUAGCUGCCGGUACCUACCUCAAGGGCGCCGACUUCGUUGUCUGGACCUUCAUCUCGGACAAUUACCUCCAGCUGUUAACCGCCAACAUCAUUAUUGGCUUCGCUCUAGCUGUGUAUAUCUACAUUGCCAGCUUCAGCGUGAAGCCUGGCAAUAGCGAGAACCGCGAGAUUGCUGUUGGCGGCGAUACUGGUAAUCUCAUCUACGACUUUUAUAUCGGGCGCGAACUAAACCCCCGAGUGACGCUCCCCUUUUUCGGCGAGAUCGACAUCAAGACCUGGUUUGAAUUCUGCCCCAGUCUGAGUGGCUGGCUUAUCCUCAACCUUGCCUUCUGCGCCAAGCAGUACCGUAACUAUGGAAGUCUGUCGAACAGUAUCAUCUUCACUACUGCUAUCCAGGCAUACUACGUUCUCGAGGGACAGUACCAUGAGGCUGGCAUCGUCACCAUGAUGGAUGUGAUCCAGGAUGGCAUGGGCUUUAUGCUGUCUUUUGGCGACGUGGCCUGGGUGCCUUUCCUCUACUCUACACAAACUCGUUACCUCUCCAUCUACCCGGUCCACCUCAGCUGGCCUGGCCUUACUGCUGCAUCUAUCGUCUUCGCCGUAGGCUUAUUCAUAUUCCGCUCCUCCAACACCCAGAAGAGGAUCUUUCGGGUGCAGCCAGACCACCCCAGCGUCAAAGACAUGCCUUACAUCCAAACCAAACGGGGCACAAGGCUUCUUACCGGCGGGUGGUGGGGUAUGGCUCGUCAUAUCAACUACUUUGGCGACUGGCUCCAGGCCUCGCCCUUCAGCCUGCCCACUGCUGUGGCUGGCUAUGUGAUUCUGCCUGCCGGCAGCGCUGUAUCUGGCGCCAUUACCAUGCUUGAUGGGCGCGAAGUCGUCCAGGGCGCUGCUCGUGGUUGGGGCAUGAUUUUCACAUACUUUUAUGUUCUGUAUUUCGCCACUCUGCUGAUUCAUCGCGAGAGACGGGACAAUGCUGCUUGUUCGCUCAAAUAUGGGAAAGACUGGGACGAGUAUGAGAGUCUUGUCAAAUGGAAGAUUAUUCCUGGCCUCUUCUAGAGCAUUGUUGGUAUCACGGGCUAGCGAUACUUCCGUGUCUGGCCUUUUGCCUGGGCAAAAGCGACAUAUUGAUACUAUUGAUUUGUAGCUAUUACCUUGCUCCUUUUUUGAGAUUAUAGGCGAUGAGAGUCUCCUGCCACUACUGCUGCCAUUACACGCGUCAAAGUCAUGCCACCCGAACCUCUGCAUUUUACCCCAGGGAAGCAUCCGCUUUGUAUCCUAGAAAGUUCGAUUAGAUUCAAUCUUACUCUUCCUUCCUAGCUCAACC